AUGUCCUCCUCCACCUCCAUCCCAGCUGAGCUGAAGAUAACCUUGCAGAGCCAGGUUGACCACUUAAUUGCUAAUUCGGCAGGAAGGUGGCGGGUCAGCAACGAUGGUGCAUCUCUGGAAGCCAAGAUUAGCUUUCCGACGUUCAAAAAAACAUGGCAGUUCAUGGACGCGGUGGCGGCCAAAGCAGUAGCGAGCAAACAUCAUCCGGAGUGGUCGAAUAUAUACAAUCAAGUCUUUAUUCGUUGGACCACUCAUUCUGAUUCGAUCCUUACGGACAAAGACGUUCAUAUGGCUGUUUUUUGCGAGGAAACUGCGCUUGCGUUCGGUGCUACACUAGAGACGACUUCGAGUUCUGGGUUAACAAGACUGAUCGAUCAAAUAACUGGUUCAAGAAAUGUCGCAGAGCACAUAGUGGUGUAA